AUGAGUGAUGAGGAGAUCACUUACACAACUGUGAGAUUUGGUAAGUCUUCAGAAUUGCAGAACCGAGGAAGGCAUGAUGAGACUCAAGCGCCGAGACAAACUGUUCACAGAGAGUGUUUAGCCCCCUGGUACCUCAUUGCAAUAUCUCUGGGAAUCCUUUGUUCCUUUCUGGUGGCCGUUGCAGUGUUGGUGGCAUAUCUUUCUCAGUAUAGUGGAAACAAACAUGAACUGCAGAAAAAUCUAAACAACCUCACUCAACAGUAUCACACCCUGCAAAAGAACAACUCCCUGAUGAAAGAAAUGCUGGAUAAUAAGUCUAGAGAGUUUGAUGACCUCAAACGUCAGAAGGAACUUGACUCCUGCAACAGAUGCUCUGGGGAAACUAAAGUUUUAGAUUGCAUAAAGCUCAUAGAGUGUUUAGCCCCCUGGUACCUCGUUGCAUUAACCCUGGGAAUCCUUUGUUCCCUUCUGAUGGCUGUUGCAGUGUUGGUGGCAUAUGUUUCUCAGUAUAGUGGAAACAAACAUGAACUGCAGAAAACUCUAAACAACCUCACUCAACAGUAUCAAACCCUGCAAAGUAACAACUCCUUAAUGAAAGAAAUGCUGAGAAAUAAGUCUAUAGAGCUUGAUGACUUCAAACGUCAGAAGGAACUUGACUCCUCAAACAGAGAACAGAACAGAUGCUGUGGGGAAACUAAAGUUUUAGAUCACAUAUGGCUCACAGGCAAAUAUGUUGACGGAUACUGGUUCUGCUCUGGCAUAAAAUGUUAUUUCAUAAUGGACAAUAAACACUGGAGUGGAUGUAAACGGACCUGCCAGAACUGCAGCUUGUCACUUUUGAAGAUAGACGAUGAUGAUGAACUGAAGUUCCUUCAGGUCAAAGUUAAUACAAACAGUAACUGGAUUGGAUUAUCGUAUGAUACAGAAAAAAGCAAAUGGCAAUGGAUUGACAAUGGCCCAUCUAACCUGUGA